AUGAUUUCAACAAUCGGCACAACAACAGUUCAAACAACUACAGCACCAAACUCGUUAGUUAUGAAUCCAACAUCUAUGUUGGUAGAGAUGAAAAGCUUCAUUCCUUCUUCAUAUACUUUUGAAACAAAAAUCCAGAAGAUAAAGCAGGAAUUGUUAACAAGUAAUUUAGACUGUAGUGCGAAAGAUGAAACAAAUGAACAGUAUCUUUAUGAAAUGCAGGACAUUAUUGACCAUUUACCCAAAUUGCCUGAAAUCCAACAACAAAAACUCACUAUUCCCGAAUUUGACGAAAUUGAAGUCAAAGCAACUGACUCAGUAGAAAUAAAGAAGUUCAUACGUAAGGUAAAUUAUGAAUUCCUUGGUUUUCAUUGCAACCAUAAGGUUAUGGACAAAGAUUGCGAUAUGUUAUAUAAGAAUGUUUCUGACCUUUAUAAAUCUGAAGAAUUUAAGACCUACGACAACUUUGUUUCAUUAGUUGCAAAAUGUGUUUGGGAAAUAAGAGAUAAAGAUAGUAGGGGUAAGGUAUGGAACGAACAAAUAAGACCCGCUAUGUUCGAGAUGAAGAGAGCAAUUGACGCCUUAGUUGUUUUAGCAG